GCCAAGCAAAACAGGAAGUGUCCGCUGGCGGGAAAUUUGUUAAAUAUUAUGAAAGCAUUACCAAAGACACCAAAGUCUUGAGUUAGUCUUUUCACGGCCUAGUUCACUAAAUUAAAGUGGCUGUCUAAUAUUGAAAUUAGCGACAUAUUCGACAGGCAGAGGUUGAGCAUGAGGGCAGAAAUUGAUAAAAUCGUCUCACUGUCAGAUGGAGACAGUACCGCCGAACUUCAGACCUACCUGUCGUCCCUCAAAAAUGAUCAGUUAAUCACUGUGAUAACUAACGGCGCAUUAAAGGGUAAGAAGGUCGGUGCCAUGAUUAAAGGCAUAUUUGCAGGCUCUCCACCUAGUACCACAGAGGGAUCAAACCGCAGACUUCUUGUUUAUCAACACUGCAUCCCGCUUUGUGAGUCCGGGGACCUUCAGACUGAAGUGGCAGCUGAUAUCAUUGGACUGCUGAUGCUUGAAACUCGUACACUGUCGGGACCCUCCCUUGCACAACUGGCAUCUCUUUUCGUUGACGCCAUUAAGGUGGGGAAAAUGGGCAGUGGAAAAUCCCUGGAGCUAUUUCCUACUGUGCUUACUGCCCUUGCAGCCUGUGAAGCCUUGUCUUACGGCAAAGGAGAACUCAGUGGUGAGGAAUACAAGAAGCAGCUGAUCAACAGCCUCUGCUCAAGCAGAUGGGACCCGCAGUGUGUUAUCCACUUGACAACCAUGUUCAGGGAUGUGCCCCUCUCAUCAGAGGAGCUGCAGUUCCUGGUGGAGAAAAUACUGCGGAUGUUCACCAGACUUGAUCUACAGGAGAUUCCACCACUGGUUUAUCAGCUGCUGCUUUUGUCUGCAAAGGGAUGUAAGAAACAGGUUCUGGAUGGAAUCAUUGGUUAUUUUAAGGACCAAGAUGUUCGCCAGGAAGAAGAACAAAAACAUGGAGAGAGUCUGGAUCUAGAGGUUCAGUCCAUUCCACAGGACCAGUUAAGGCAUGUGGAGGGCACUGCCAUCCUCCACAUAGUCUUUGCUAUACGACUCGACCAUGAACUUGGGAGAGAAUUCCUCAAAACCUUUAAGAUGUCAUACAGCGACCUGUGUCCUUUCAGUGUUGCCCUCUUGCUCUCAGUGGCACGUAUCCAGCGCUAUGAAGAGCAGGUCUUUGACCUUUUGAAGGGGGCAAUCAUCAAGAGCUUCAAGGAUGAGCAGCUGCAGCAGGGGUCAAAGUUCCUGCAGGACCUCCUGCCUAAGCACUGCAGUGUGGCUCAGAUGAUACUGGACACAGUCAAGAACAGCGUGUUUGGGUGGGAUCAUGUGACCCAGGGGCUGGUGCAGCUGGGCUUCUUCCUCAUGGAUACAUUCGGCCCCAAACCUGGACCAUUUGGCAAGACUACAGAUGGGUCUGCUACCAUAGCCAGGACCCCGACUCAGCAGUCAUGUAAGCUUGGGGGUCAGAUGCUCCUCCAGGGCUUUAAGAUACAUGAGCCUAUCAGAGGCGAGAUACUGGAGCAGGUCUUGAAUCGACUGGUCACAAAGACGGCUUCACCUGUCAGUCAUUACUUAGACCUUUUCUCUGACAUUGUGAUCUCUGCUCCCAUGAUCCUCCUGGAGUCAUCCUCUAAGGUGACAGAAACAUUUGACCACCUGUCAUACCUGCCCUUAGCCACUGUUCAGGGUCUACUAAAAGCUGUCCAGCCCCUGCUCAAGGUGAGCAUGUCCCUGAAAGAUGCUUUGAUUCUAGUUCUCCGCAAGGCCAUGUUUUCAAGCCAACUGGACGGCCGGAAGUCUGCAGUGACUGGCUUCUUGCUGCUGCUGAAAAACUUCAAAGUGUUGGGCAGCUUGGCGUCGAGCCAGUGCAGCCAGGCAGUCUCCUCCAGCCAGAUCCAAGUGGACGUUCAUUCUCGUUUCAACUCUGCUGCCAACGAAGCGUUCUGCCUGGAGAUCCUCAGCAGCCUGCGUCGCUGCCUGGGCCAGCAGGCUGAUGUUCGCCUUAUGCUUUAUGAGGGCUUCUAUGAUGUCCUCCGUCGCAACUCGCAGCUUGCCAGCUCCAUCAUGCAGACCCUCCUCUCACAGCUGAGGCGGUACUAUGAGCCUGAACAGGACCUCCUGCCCCCGGUGAAGCUGGAGCCCUGCAUCACAGCUCAUGGAGACCAAGUCUACCUCCAGGAGCCACUGGCCCAUCUGGUUAGCUGCACUGUACAUUGCCUGCUGUGGCUGCAGAACAUGCGGCGAUCAGCCAACCCCAACGCUGACGACAGCGAUGAAGAUGAGGAGGAAGAGGAGGAGGGAUACCAGUCUGAACUACAAACAAUCCUAGAAAGCAUGACAAGACGAAUGAUCAAGUGUGAACUGGAGGACUUUGAACUAGACAAGUCAGCAGAGUUCUCCUUGGGAUCUAGUGUUGGGGUGAAGAAUAAUAUCUAUGCAGUGCUGGUGAUGGGAGUAUAUGAGGUUCUCAUAGAGUACAACUUCAUCAAAGCCAACUACAGUAAAAGCUGCUUUGAGGAGCUCAUGCAGCUGUUUAACUGCUACCACAAGCUGUCUGAGAUUCUGAAGGAGAAAUCUGGAAAAGGUCGAGUGCCCUCACACAAGACCCCCCGCAGUUUACUCUCUAUGGGCUUCAUAUCAACUCUCCUCACUGUGCUCUUCAGAGACAGUACUCAGAGCAAAGAGGAGGCUCUUUUGGUGCUACGCUCUAGUGGAGAGUUUGUUCGUUAUGCAGUAAGUGUGGCUGUACAGAAGAUCCAGCAGUUGGAGGAAACUGGACACACAGACGGUCCAGAUGGACAUAACACAGACAGGACUUUCCGCUUCCUCUGUGACAUGACAAGCGUGCUGAUGUGGCGUUACACCAACAUCCCCAGCGUGGUGGAGGAGGCAGGGAAGAAGGAGAAGCGCUCCAGCCUGUCUCUGCUGUGUCUGGAAGGUCUGCUCAGGAUCUUCACAACCUGCCAGCAGCGCUAUCCAGACAAGAUGGCCCAGCUCCUCUCCAACAUGGACAUUGCAGAGGACGAUCCGGAGCCAGACGAUGGCAGUGUUACGGAGAUGAACUUCUUUUACAUUCGUCAGUUUCAGAGAGCACUGUUUACUCAGUUAAGUGGAGGAGAGGAGGAAUUCAACAGCAAAGAGGCUCAGCUGCUGGUCAGCAUCUUGAGUGUGCUCUCACGCCAGCUAAAGCCCUCCUCCAAACAGUUUGUUCAGAUGAUCACGUGGACUGUGAAAAUCUGCAAGGAGACCAGUUUUGAGGAUCCUGCUUUUUCCAAAGGGCUGCUCUCGCUUCUCUUCAACCUACACAUUCUCUACAAGAGUCCUGUGGGCUUGUUGCUGGAGCUCUGCCAAGACAUUCACAGUCAGCUGGGGGACAUCGAUCAGGACGUGGAGGUAGAGAAACAGUCUCAUUUCGCCACCGUCAACAUGAAGACUGCUACAACGGCAGCACUGCUGGUCCUGUCUCAGGUUGACAGAGUGCUUGAUGAAGUGGACUGGCUGAUUGCCAGAAAGAAAAGCCAGACAGCCUCUGACAAAUCUGGCUCCGGUGAGGCCACCCAGACUGCAGGCCAGCAGGAUCCAAUAGAGAAAGCAGUGACACUGCAGCUCGGGACUCUCUUGACAGCAUUAAAUGAGCUGGUCCAGACUGCCGUGCUAUCUGGCACCUGCACCAUUACACUGCUGAGAGAACUGCGUCGCAUAUACACCAUCCUCACCACCCUAGUCAAAUAUUACAUCCAGGUGUGUGCCACCCAGCACGGUAUGCUGCCAGCACGCUUUGAGAAGCUGGUCAAACUGUCUGGCUCUCAUCUAACACCACAGUGCUACUCUUUCAUCACAUAUGUACAGAGUGCAGAAUUUAGUGGUGGAGAUGACAAGAAGAAAAAGAAAAGGAAUGAAGUGAACGCAGCUGCUUCCGCAAAACUUCUGAGAGAGACAAAGGCCAUCCCUGACUUGAUCUUCAGCAUUGAACAGUAUGAGAAAUACCUCAUCACACUCUCAAAGAAAUCAAAGGUAAAUCUGAUGCAGUACAUGAAGCUGAGCACCUCAAGAGAUUUCCGCAUCAAUGCCGCUACUCUGGACGCAGCCCUGCAGGAGCAGGACGACAGUCUGGAGACCACAGAGACACAGGAGGCAGAGGAGACGCAAGAACCCAAACAGAAGAAGCGAAAACAGUGAGCUGACACGCAAGAGCUCUUCUGUUUGACACAUAUAGAUCUCCAAAUUCCUCACUGACUUUUACAUGCCGAUGAACAGCCUCUGGC